GAGGGAUAUAUUUAAAUUGGACACAGGUACAAAGAGCGCAUGAGUGCAGUUGCCCAGUGUAGUUCCAUUUACUGUUUACGAGUUUCUCCACUUUUACUUCUACUUUCUCCUUCGCUGCUGUCUGCUCUGUGAUGUCAACAGAAACCGAAACGUCGCGUGAGCUGUUUUAGAAAUGGGAGGAAGCAAACGAGAUGUGUCAUGUAUCCUGGAAACGGGACAAGCUGCGCUCUGUCAUGCGCACUGAGAGGCAGGGAGAGACGGGGAGGGGGAGGCUGAGCUGGGCUGUGUCCUGAACUGGAAUUUCCUCACGUCUUCUACCCGAGCCAAGCUUCACGUGCGCUCGUGUGUUUACCGGGCCAAAUCCACGUGUGCGAGUCCCCCGAGUCUCCACCUCUGGACUGGAGAGGAGGGUACCCGAGCUCAUAAAAGUUUAGCAGGAGUCCGUGUCUGUAAGAAAUCUUAGGAGAAAGUGUCACGGAGAAGUAUUUUCCUGUGAAUCUGCUGGGUUACAUAGCAUCAGCUUCGGGCGUUUAUUUACUUCAGAGCUGCUGUGAAGACUGGAAAUCAGAAAAACAGCAAGAUAAGGUGGAUAACAGUCAGGUUUCCCCCAGCAAGUUUGAAAGAAGGAAGAUUUUUUGUCUUUGAAUUAAAAUUGUAGAGUGAUGGCUUCUCACAAGCGAAUCUUGGGGGUUCUGAGAAAAAGACCAGCCCGGAGAAACCUGUUUGGGCCUGUGGACCGAGAGCAGCUACAGGUGGAGUACCAGGCUGCCAUGCGUAGCGACCUUCAGGAGGCUUCAAAGCGGUGGGGCUUUGACUUUAGCUUGGACAAGCCUCUGGAGAGCAGUGAUUUCCAAUGGGAAGGUGUCCCGAGCACUAGGGUGCCUCUGCUCUACAGGUCCUGUUUGCAGGAUCUCGGACAAGCUGAAGGCCAAAGGUCAGCAGCGACAGUUACUCCCAAGAGAGGGAGGGUGGAGACGGCACAGAGCGAGAAGGAGAACAUCCCCUGUACGCCGGGGAAAUGCACGCACAGCCAGGAGAUGCUGGAGAAAACACCGGAGAAGGGCGAGAACACGGGGCUGAAGAGGAAGCAGACGAACAUCACAGAUUUCUACCAGGCUAAAAGAAGAGUAGUGUGGAUGCCCCGCAAAUCCGGCGAGUGAUGUUCGGUGGAGAAACGCCAAUAUGCCAAGAGAACCUCACAGACAGGGCCACGCUCAGGAAUCACACGUCCCGCACAGACUCUGGCCGUGCACCCAGGAGGGACCUCAACCACACGUCAAUACAAAACACUUAAUUAGGGUACUGUAGUCACUCUGAGGAGAUUGGUGUUUUUUCCCUCAGUGGCAAGAAUGCGACAUUUGAGCAGAGAAGAUUAACAGUAAUCUCUGGAAUCAGUGGAUUUACACUGUUGCCCGACUGCACAUUCAGCCGCACUGAAAGCACAUUCACAUCCGCUGGAGAUGUGUCGAUUAAAAUCAUCCAGCCUCAUCAUGUCUGUAAGCUGAGAGGACAAAGCUCUUUGGCUCCGUAGUUCAAAUCCAUUAUUGUUUUUCUACAGCAUUUUUUCUACAUGUGUAUCACAAGGGUUUACCAGUCGUCUUCUUUUUUUUACUUUCCGAAGUAUGUUAUACUUUUUAUGUCCAGCUGUACACAGUGCUUUUAUCGACCAUCUUUUAAUCAAAGGAAGAUGCUUGAAGAGUUCUGACAUCUCAAACAUGCAGUUGCUUUGCUUAGAUUGUAAAAGACAGAAGUGCCAUCAUGUCCUCUUCCAUCCUUUUCCAUCUACUUUACAUCAGCUGAUUUUUGAUGUCCUUCGGCUGCCCAGACUCUGAUACUGAUAAUGUAAACUAGGAACACUUAAACACUUUUAUUUAGUUAUAUAUGUAUAAGAGAUUUAUCUAUAAAGUUAAAUAUGGCAUUGUCAGGUAGCAUAAUCAUUUAAACUGCAGUGUUGCACAUAAACACCCAGUAUCAAGUGCCUUUACUGGCAUUUGUUUUUGGUAUUUAAAGUUCCUUCAUCAUAAGUAAAUGUAUACUAAGCUAAAAUGUCACAUUUAUUAUUUUCACUGUGCAAUCUAACUAAUGAUAUGUUUUGUUUUGGGUUUUUUUGCCUUAAAUUUGUUCUUUUUUUUCCCUCUUGGCACUUAUUUAUGUCUACAUUAGCAAAUCCUGCUGCUAUGGGUAAUAUGAAUGGGUGUCACUGUGACGCUAACCCUCACCAACAGAAAGCUUACAAAUGCUCCGAAGCCGAGAAAAUAAGCGAAUGACCCCAAACAACGAAUGCACUUCUGUUUGUAGAUGCUUGCGCACAUUUCCUCUGUAUUGUGUUUUGUUCAAGGCUACAAGUGAAAAUCUCUGUCCUUAUUUAUUGUGAGAUACGAUGUCAUGUGUUAAUUUAGGUUUUGUUUAAUUAUUAUGAAAUCCAAUAAAAUGGUCAAAUGAA